AAAAUUUAUAAAUAGUAUUUUUAGCGCUGCUGUAACUUUCAUUUCUUUCUCCUUGUCUCUCUGCGCUUCUGUCCCAUCACCUCCCUGUCUCUCUGUAGUCUCUGAAGUCCAGAAGGUCUAAUUAUUCUCAAAUAGAGGAGACUAGGUGAACAGAAUUUUCUUCCUUUUUGUGUAAAGAAUAAGGACAAUCCAACGCACCCUUUGAGGAGAGAAGAAAUAAGCAAAAUUGAGAAGCUUUUUCCUGGUAUUCCCACCUUGAUUUUGCAAUUUAGUGGGGAAUAAUACUCCAAGUUUGUGUUUAGCAAUCAAAUCCUGAUUGGGGUUCUUGGGAUUUUGGCUUAGACUGUAAAGAUGAUGAUGUUUGAGGAGAUGGGGUUCUGUGGUGAUCUUGAUUUCUUCCCGGCUGCACUCAAGGAGCCUGCUGAUGUGGUUGCUCCGCCGCCUCUGCCGCCUCCUAUGGAGGCGGGGGAGGCGGUGGUGGUGGAGGAUGACUAUAGCGACGAAGAAGAGAUCGAAGUAGAUGAGUUGGAGAGGAGGAUGUGGAGGGACAAGAUGAAGUUGAAGAGGCUCAAGGAGAUGAAUAGGAGUAGUAACGAUGGCGUGGAUUCUGCGAAGCAACGCCAGUCUCAGGAGCAGGCGAGGAGGAAGAAGAUGUCUCGGGCGCAAGACGGGAUCUUGAAGUACAUGUUGAAGAUGAUGGAGGUGUGUAAAGCUCAGGGUUUCGUUUACGGGAUUAUCCCGGAGAAGGGGAAGCCCGUGAGCGGGGCGUCUGAUAAUCUCAGGGAGUGGUGGAAGGAUAAGGUGAGAUUCGAUCGGAAUGGUCCAGCUGCCAUAGCAAAGUACCAAGCAGAGAAUGCGAUCCCGGGGCAAAACGAGGGCGCUGAACCGGUCGGUCCAACGCCUCAUACCUUGCAGGAGCUUCAAGACACUACCCUUGGGUCCUUGCUUUCAGCUCUGAUGCAGCAUUGUGACCCCCCGCAAAGGCGGUUUCCCUUAGAGAAAGGCGUUCCCCCGCCCUGGUGGCCCACGGGGAACGAGGAGUGGUGGCCUCAAUUGGGGCUACAGAAGGAGCAAGGGCCUCCCCCUUAUAAGAAGCCUCACGAUUUGAAGAAGGCGUGGAAGGUCGGUGUCCUCACCGCUGUCAUCAAGCAUAUGCACCCCGAUGUGGCUAAGAUAAGGAAGCUCGUUAGGCAAUCGAAGUGUUUGCAAGACAAGAUGACAGCCAAGGAAAGUGCCACUUGGCUUGCCAUCAUUAACCAAGAGGAGUCCUUGGCUCGGGAGCUUUACCCCGAUCGCUGCCCGCCUUUGUCCUCAGCUGGCGGGAGUGGAACGUUCGCCAUGAACGACAGUACCGAGUACGAUGUUGAAGGGAUUGACGAUAGACCCAACUUCGAUAUUCACGAGCAAAAACCGAGUAACCUGAGUUUGUUGAAUUUGGGGGUCGAGAGAUUCCAAGACGGGCUAAUGGUGCAACAGCCCCCUCAUUCAAUCAAGGAUGAUAUCAAUAUCGUCACCAACUUCGAUUUCACAAGGAAGAGGAAGCCGGGAAGUGACCUGCCUAUUCUGUUGGAUCACAAGAUCUAUACAUGUGACUCCCUUCGAUGUCCUCACAGCGAGAUUCGUCUCGGUUUUCCAGACAGAUCAGCCCGAGAUAACCAUCAAUUAUCUUGCCCUUACAGGAAUUCUGCACAAUUUGGUGUGUCACAGUUUCAUAUUAACGAACCCAAACCGCCAGUCUUUUCCCAACAGUUUGUUCAACCCAAGACUGCCUCUCUGCCAGUCAAUUCAGCCCCGUUGUCCUUCGAUCUCUCGGGACUCGGGGUACCAGAAGACGGGCAAAGGACGAUUAACGAUCUCAUGUCUUUUUACGAAACAAACAUUCAGGCAAACAAAAACUCCUGUUCUGCCAAUGUUGCUGCUACCAAAGACCAUUCUCUUCAACAACCUAGUAUUCACUCCCAACAGGACAAGUACCUCCAAAAUCAACGAGCCAUGAUGGAGGGGAUGAUCUUCGAGGACAGUAAUCGCCCCAUGGUUCCACCCGGAGACCGGUUCGAUCAGUGCAAGGUUUUGAACUCUCCUUUCGGUCCACUUUUCAAUGGAAACUCUAACGAGGCUUUCCCCUUCAUGUUUGGCUCCCCAUUCAACCUACAACCCGUCGACUACAAUGAAGGUUUACCCGGUGCUGCCCGGGAUGCCAUGCCAAAGAAAGACGUUCCCAUUUGGUACUAGCCCAAACAUUGCCAAAUUAUCAGCUUUUUCGGGUCUAUGGAUCACAAUCGAUCUGCGAUGGUCAGUUUGACUUAUAGUCGCGCUUACAGUUAUUGUAGUAACAGUAUUUCCUUGUAGCCUAUGCAUAGUAAGACAAGGUGGGGAAGUGGGCAGGGAGGAACCAUCUGCUCAAGUAUUUGCUGAUUGUUCCAUAAAUAAGCUACUCUAUUUUGAUUCUGUUUAUGUAAUAGAUUAGAGAAUGCAAUAUUUUGCUGUCUAUAAUGUUGUCUAUGUUUGGCUAUACAUUAUAUUGUCCUAAUGGCAUUUUGAUGCUUUGAUGUAAGUUUGUGUGACUAUUCAAAAACUAGGUUGUGUUGUGUA